AUGGGUGUGCUGGCCAGUGCUAGUUUGUUGCUAUUGCUGGUCAUCGGCCACCCCAGAAGCCUAGGACUGAAGUGUGGAAUUCGCAUGGUCAACAUGAAAAGUAAGGAACCUACCGUGGGAUCUAGAUUCUUCUCUAGAAUUAGUAGUUGGAGAAAUUCAACAGUGGCUGGACAUCCGUGGCAGGUCUCCCUAAAAUCACAUGAGCACCACUUCUGCGGAGGAAGCUUGAUUCAAGGAGAUCGUGUUGUUACAGCAGCACACUGCCUGGACAGCCUCAGUGAGAAGCAACUGAAGAACAUAAUUGUGACUUCUGGGGAGUACAGCCUCUCUCAGAAGGAUGAGCAAGAACAGAAUAUUCCUGUCUCAAAAAUUAUUACCCAUCCUGAAUACAACAGCCAUGAAUAUAUGAGUCCUGAUAUUGCACUGCUGUAUCUAAAACACAAAGUCAAGUUUGGAACUGCUGUUCAGCCAAUCUGUCUUCCUGACAGUGAUGAUAAAGUUGAACCAGGAAAUAUUUGCUUGUCCAGUGGAUGGGGCAAGAUUUCCAAGACAUCAGAAUAUUCAAAUGUCCUACAAGAAAUGGAACUUCCCAUCAUGGAUGACAGAGCGUGUAAUAUUGUGCUCAAGAGCAUGAACCUCCCUCCCCUGGGAAGGACCAUGCUGUGUGCCGGCUUCCCUGAUUGGGGAGUGAACACCUGCCAGAGGGACUCUGGAGGACCACUGGUUUGUAGAAGAGGUGGUGGAAUCUGGAUUCUUGCUGGGAUAACUUCCUGGGUAGUCGGUUGUGCUAGAGGUUCAGCUCCUCUAAGAAACAACCACAUGAAGGCAUCACUUGUCAUUUUCUCCAAAGUGUCUGAGUUGAUGGAUUUUAUUACUCAGAACCUGUUCACAGGUUUGGAUCAGGGCCAACCCAUCUCAAAAGUGGGUCUGAGGUAUGUAACAAAGGCCCUGAGUUCUGUCCAAGAAGUGAACGGAAGCCCGAGAGGAGAGGGUAUUUUAGACAUGGAAAAGCAAGUUGGAUGUGAUCAUGACUAUGUAGCUUUACAAUCAAGCAGUGGAGUGCUUAUUAGUAAGUAUACCAGAGAUCUCAUGGAAGAUGAUGGAAAACAAAACAAACAUGGAUACGUCUGUGGAAAAAUAUUGCCCUCACCAUUGCUGACAGAGACCGGUGAGACCAUGGUUCCAUUUGUUUCUGAUACAGAAGACAGUGGCAGUGGCCUUGAGCUUACCUUUACUGCCAUACAGAACUCAGAAGCAGGGUCAGGUUGUGGAAGUGUGGCUAUACUGGUAGAAGGGACAAAUCACUCCGCCAAGUAUCCUGAUUUGUAUCCCAGUAACGUAAGGUGUCAUCGGUUCAUUCGUGCUCCAGAGAAACACAUUAUAAAGUUGACAUUUGAGGACUUGACAGUCAAACUUAGUCCAAACUAUAUUUAUGAUGCUGUUGUGAUUUAUGGUGAUUCUGAAGAAAAGCACAAGUUCGCUAAACUUUGUGGAAUGUUGACCAUCACUUCAGUAUUCAAUGCUAGUAACAUGAUGGUGAUUUACUUUAAAAGUGAUAGUAAAAAUCGUUUGCAGGGCUUCAAAGCUAGAUUUACCAUUUUGCCCUCAGAGUCUUUAAACAAAAUUGAACCAAUGUUACCUCCCCAAAACAAUCCUGUAUCUACUGUAAAAGCUAUUCUGCAUGAUGUCUGUGGCAUCCCUCCAUUUAGUCCCCAGUGGCUUUCCAGAAGAAUUGCAGGAGGGGAAGAAGCCUGCCCCCACUGUUGGCCAUGGCAGGUGGGUCUGAGGUUUCUAGGCGAUUACCAAUGUGGAGGUGCCAUCAUCAACCCAAUGUGGAUUCUGACCGCAGCCCACUGUGUGAAAUCGAAGAAUAAUCCACUCUCCUGGACCAUUAUUGCUGGGGACCAUGACAGAAACCUGAAGGAAUCAACAGAGCAGGUGAGAAGGGCCAAACACAUAAUGGCGCAUGAAGACUUUAACACACUAAGUUAUGACUCUGACAUUGCCCUAAUACAACUAAGCUAUCCUCUGGAGUACAGCUCGGCAGUGAGGCCAGUAUGUCUCCCACACAGCACAGAGCCUCCGUUUUCCUCAGAGAUCUGUGCUGUGACCGGAUGGGGAAGCAUCAGUGGAGAUGGUGGCUUAGCAAGUCGCCUACAGCAGAUUCAAGUGCAUGUGUUAGAAAGAGAGGUCUGUGAACAUACUCACUAUUCGGCCCAUCCAGGAGGGAUCACAGAGAAGAUGAUCUGUGCUGGCUUUGCAGCAUCUGGAGAGAAAGAUUUCUGUCAGGGAGACUCUGGUGGGCCACUAGUAUGUAGACAUGAAAAUGGUCCCUUUGUCCUCUAUGGCAUUGUCAGCUGGGGAGCUGGCUGUGUCCAGCCAUGGAAGCCGGGUAUAUUUGCCAGAGUGAUGGUCUUCUUGGACUGGAUCCAAUCAAAAAUCAAUGGUCCUGCUUCACUUCAGACAAAUAAUAAAUGCAAAACCUUAAAACAACAAUUGCUACCACCCAUACCUUCGCCAGGCAGUGCAUCUUGGACAGGCUGUUGCUCUGAAGCAGAGCUAGAAAAGCCCAGAGGCUUUUUUCCCACUCCACGAUAUCCACUGGAUUAUAGAGGAAGACUGGAAUGUUCUUGGGUGCUCAGAGUUUCACCAAGCAGUAUGGCAGAAUUUACUGUUGAGUAUCUGUCACUCCUGGGGUCUCCUGUGUGUCAAGACUCAGUUCUAAUUAUUUAUGAAGAAAGACACAGUAAGAGAAAGAUGGCAGGUGGAUUACAUGGGAGAAGACUUUACUCAAUGACUUUCAUGAGUCCUGAACCACUGGUGAGGGUGACAUUCCAGUCCUUUGUACAAGGUGCAUUUGGCAUAAGUUAUCUAGUGUUGAAAGUCCUAGGUCCAAAGGACAGUAAAACAACCAGACUUUCCCAAAGUUCAAACAGAGAGCACUUGGUCCCUUGUGAGGAUAUUCUUCUGACCAAGCCAGAAGUGAUCAUGCAGAUCCCAAGAAAUUCUCACAGAACUACUAUGAGUUGCCAGUGGAAGUUAGUCACCCCUUUAAAUCACAUCAUUCAGCUUAAUAUUAUCAACUUCCCAAUGAAGCCAACAAGUUUGGUCUGUCAUGGUCAUCUGCAUGUUUACGAAGGAUUUGGACCAGGAAAAAAAUUAAUAGCUUCAUGGGCUGGAACUCUGGCAAUGAUACUGACACAAGAAAAAAGAGAAAAACUGAAUUUUCUUAACACAUAUAUCAUGCCUAUAUGGGAAAAAUUUUGGUAUGAUAAUGUAAAAAGUGUUGGAAAAAGAAAAAAGAAGAAAUUUGCAUCAAAUUUAAGUUAUAGUAUGGAGGCUGGGAAGUCCAGGAUCCAGGUGCCAGCAGAUUUGGUGCCUGCUGAGGGCUCACUUUCUGGUUCUUAG